ACGAAAGCUCAUUGAAGUAGUAUAAUAAUGUCAGAUGUCAUUUGAAGCUGAAUCUGUCAAUUUGUCUAUACAGUUUGACGUUUAACUAACGAAUGGGGAUUGGAUUGGUUGGAUUAAAGUGGCAAUUUUGGUAAAUGAAUAUGGGGGAGUUGUGUUGGAGAUUGUGAAAAUAGUCACUUGACGUAUACUCAAAAUAUAAAGUGGGAAAUGAAACAGUGAGCUCCAAUUAUAAUUUUGUUGGAAGCAAAGCCAGAGAAGUGUCGACAUGGCGACGCAGCCUAGUGACUACACGGAGUUUCCGCCCGAGAUCAUUCUGAAGCCCCUCGCACUGAUCGGGUUAUCUGGGCUCGAUGCUGUGAACAACGCCGUGCAUAAAGAGAUAUGGGAUGCAUUCUCCAAUAACCGUCGCGCCGACCGAACUCCAGUGCGCUUCAAAUUACUUAAUAAUACGUUCGAAUUCCCGGUUGUAAAACCAAAACGGAAUUCGUAUGAAUGGUAUAUUCCAAAAGGUGUCUUAAAGAAGAACUGGAUACCCAAGCGAGUAUCCCUGAUCCCCGCAGUUGUGGUCAUAUUCUAUGAUAUGGACUGGAAUGAUCCACAGUGGAAUGAAAAAAUCAUUGAAUGUGCGUCUAAAGUGCAAUCCAUCCGCGCUGCAGUGGAAGGGCACGCGACUCGCGUAGCCGUCGUCGUGAUUCAGAGCCGGCUGUCGCCACCUCCCUCUGAGUACAUGCUGGGCGCUGAGCGAGCACAGGCCCUCUGCGCCGCCUGUGACAUACAGUCCAAGUCCUUGUUUGUGCUCCCACAUAGUGAUCACCUCAUGGGAUACAUUGUUCGCCUGGAGAAUGCCUUCUAUGAUAUUGCUCAAAACUACUACCAUCAUGAAACAAAAAAUAUAAAGCAGCAUAGAGAUCAUCUUAAUAAAACUACUCAUCAGUACCUGUUUGUGCGCCAUCAGUUUAAACUGGGCUACCUCAAUGAGCUGAAGCAAGACUUGAGCACAGCACACAAGCACUACAUGCAUGCUUAUAACAAUUUGUUGGAGACAAGGAUUGUAGAUACCAAUACUCAUGAAGUCAGAACUGUUGCUGGCUACAUCAAUUAUAAACUUUGCAAGUUAUUGUUUGCUCUCAAUUUGCCAAGAGAUGCUAUAGCCCAGCUCAAAUCACACAUAGAUAGAUACAAGAACCGAGUAGGGUCAACAGAACUGUUAUUUGAGCAUUAUGCUUGGAUAGCUAGACAGUAUAGUGCUUUUGGAGAGUUGUUUGAUGAAGCAAUCCGUGCAGGACUUCCAGCAAUACAGUCUCAGCAUCCAGGCUUCUACUAUCAACAUGCAGCUCAAUUUACUGUGAAGAGGAGGCAAGCUAUGAGGUCUGUUUGUACUGAGGCCACUGCUUACCCUCCACCCCCUGAUCCACUGGAAGGCAUUGUUGAAUUUUAUGGUCAACGGCCAUGGCGACCAGGUCGUCUUAGUGCAGACCCUCAUGACCCACAGAAGGAGCAAGCAGCUGUCCUGGCCCUACAAUUUAAUGAAAGAAUCUUUAAUCAUUCAACAAUGAUCAUCAGUUUCUUGGGUUGUGCUAUCUCACAGUUCAAAACAUUCCACUCCCCUCGCAUGAGGAAGCAGCUAGUGGUGGAGAUGGCUAAUGAAUACUUCUACUCUGCUGACUAUGGCAAGGCACUCACUCUGUUAACUCACAUGCUGUGGGACUAUAGAAGAGAAAAGUGGUGGUUCUUAGCUUCACAUGUUCUGAACCGAGCAUUACAAUGUGCUUACCUGUCUGGAAAAAUACAAGACUAUCUUCAGCUGUCAAUAGAGGCACUAUCUAAGCAUAUACAGGUGCCAAACAAUGAUAAGGAUAGAAUAUUUAGAAAUAUAAUGUCUGUUCUUAAUUUGAAUAUACCUGCUGCAGAACCUGAUCUGCCUGCUGCUUCUCAACACAAGGCUCUGGAACUGUGGCAGGCUGCCAUUGAGAAAGAUCCCCUCACAGUUCCUGUUGACAUGGCCAAUAUAUCUAGCUUUUUAGAAGUGAAACCCAAGUUUAAGCAGCCAAGGUAUAGAAUGGAUGAAAUAAUUGAUUUAGAAAUAUAUGUCAGACUCUUGUACAGCACAGUCCUUGAAGCAAGAAAUGCCUUUGUAGCCAUAUCUAGUCACACUGAAACUAUCGAAAUUCCAAUCACAGAUGAAGGCAACACAACUGUUUCCUUGCAAGGAGGGAAAGUAAAAAGAUUUUUAUGUCAGUUUAAACCAAAUCCUCAUGAUAGUGGAUCUGAUCUUCACAUUAAAAAUGUGUCUUUUGUGCUUGACACAGACAGGAGGCGCAAGAUAGUCUUAAACUUCAAAAUAGAAGGUAAUAAAGUAACAGAGUCUACUAUUCAUCCAGAAUUAUUGCACUUCAUUAGGAGCCCCAAGGCUGACUACGAAUUUGAUUGCAUUGUGCCUUUGACAGUAGCAUCUAUCACAUCAAGAGAAUGUAAGUUGUCAUUACUGGUUACUAAUUCAAGUCCAGCACUCCAGGGAGAGUGGUUUCCAUCUACAUUCACAAUAACAAACAAUGAAGAUAGUGCAGUCUAUGAUGUUAGAAUAAUACUAUCCUUAUUAAGUUCUCCAGACAAUCCCAACCCUGAUUCAGUAACAGAACUAAGUCUCAAAGAAGGAGAGCCACAAAGCCAACCUCUGAACAUACAAGUUGGAACUAUUGACGUGUCUGGUAGCCAUGUAAAUACAUUUUAUUUAAAAACAAACAGAACUGCAACCACUACUGUUCAAAUAAAAGUAACUUACAUCAUUGAUCUUCCUGAAAUAACUAAAUUGGAAUGUACUAAAGAUUUCAGUACAAAAAUUACAGUUAUUAAACCAUUUGAGGUUUCUACAAAUUUUGUGGCUAUGAACUUCAAACCUAUUGCAAAAUGUUUUGUGGAUGACCCAUUCAUAGUUAUGCCACAAAUAAAGAUACUUAGUCCGUGGGACUUGCUGAUAGUGGAUACAGAGCUGGAGGUGGUGGAGUGCUUCAGGAACAGUGACGCCGUUAAGCCGGCGUCUUCUAUUAGUAACUUAGAAGUUGCUGAAAAAAAUGUAGCCAGUGAUGCUGUAUGUGUUCAGGCAAAGUACAAACCAAAAGACAAUCCCACUAGGGUUGGUCUGUAUAACAUAACUUGGCGACGAAAAACAAAUACUAGUCACUGUGUGAUGAGCAGCACCGCUUUAUCAUGUCUUCCCAUUGAUGAAUGCCCUAUAGCAAUUGAAGUGAAUUAUCCACAGGUUGUGGAGUUGCUUACUUCGGUUCCUUUGAAAUGCACUUUGUUUGGGAAGUGCGCCACUCCCAUCAGACUCAGUGUAACUGUAGAAGGGACGGAUGCUUACAUGUUCUCAGGUUAUAAGAAAAUAUCAGUUACGAUCCCACCAAAGGGACGAGUAGAAUUGUCAUAUAAUAUCCAUCCUUUAGUAGCUGGCAACACCACCCCUCCAAGGUUAAAAGCUACCAUUAUCGGUGAUGCAGCAAAUCAGGAAGUUGUGAGUGAAAUGUUUGAUAAAAUCUUUCCACAAAAUAUAUUUGUUAUGCCUAAGUACAAUAAAUGAAUAUAAUGUUA